AUGAGAUUGUUUUUUGUGUUUUUUAAAAAUGGGCGGGCGGCCAGGGGACGCCUCAGGCGGCUCGGAGGGCCGGGCAGUGAGGCGGGAGCGGCUGGCGGAGGAGCCGCGCUGCAGGGAUGUGACUGGACCCGGGCCAGCAGGAGCGCCGGCGCGCUGCGGAGCCGCUGGGGUCGCACGUUCCUGGCGUCAGGAAGAAAGAUGAGGACCCACCAGGUGCUCGCCUGCCUCCUGCUCCUGAUGGCCACCUCUGUGGCCUCGGAAAAUGCCAGCACAUCCCGGGGCUGCGGGCUGGACCUUCUCCCUCAGUAUGUGUCCCUGUGUGACCUGGAUGCUGUCUGGGGCAUCGUGGUGGAGGCAGUGGCCGGGGCGGGUGCCCUGAUCACACUGCUCCUGAUGUUCAUCCUGAUGGUGCGGCUGCCGUGCGUCCGGGACAAGGAGAAGAGGAAGCCGGCUUGCCUGCUGUUUCUCUUCCUCCUGGGCACCCUGGGCCUCUUCGGACUGACCUUCGCCUUUAUCAUCCGCAUGGACGAGACUAUCUGCUCCGUGCGCCGCUUCCUCUGGGGCGUGCUGUUCGCCCUGUGCUUCUCCUGCCUGCUCAGCCUGACAUGGCACGUGCGGAGGCUGGUACGCCAGGGCUCGAGCCCGGCAGGGUGGCAGCUGGUGAGCCUGGCGCUGUGCCUGAUGAUGGUGCAGGUCAUCAUCGCCACUGAGUGGCUGGUGCUGACUGUGCUGCGGGACACGAAGCCGUCCUGUGCAUACGAGCCCAUGGACUUCGUCACGGCCCUCAUUUACGACAUGGUGCUGCUGGCCGCGGCCCGGCAGUCCCUCUUCACGCUGUGUGGCAAGUUCCACCGGUGGAAGCUCAAUGGGGCCUUCCUCCUCAUCACCUCCUUCCUCUCAGUGCUCAUCUGGGUGGCCUGGAUGUCCAUGUACCUCCUUGGCAACACCAUGCUGCACCAGGAAGAGGCCUGGAACGAUCCGACCUUGGCCAUCACACUGGUGGCCAGCGGCUGGAUCUUUGUCGUCUUCCAUGACAUCCCUGAGGUCCACUGCACCCUCCUGCCACCCCUGCAGGAAAACCCACCCAACUAUUUUGACACAGCACACUCAAGGAUGCGACAGACAGCAUUCGAUGACAUGCACCUGCCACGCACAUAUAUGGAGAACAAAGCCUUCUCAAUGGACGAGCAAAGCUCAGCUCGCCGUUCAGCAAGAUUUUCCAAUGGCAGCUUGGGGAAAAAGCACAGUGGCAGCAUAGGGAAGAAACGCAGUGGCAGCUUGGGGAGGAAGACCAGCAGCUUGGGGCACAGACCCAGCGCUCCAUUCAGAAGCAACGUGUACCAGCCGACCGAGAUGGCCGUGGUCCUCAACGGGGGCACUAUCCCCACCGACGUGACUGCCCACCCCCGCACUCUGGAGUCCUUUGGAGUGACUUGGUGUGCAGGAGCCCCCGCCCUCCCCACUCCUGCAGAAGGGAGCAGUUCACCCGGUCGUUAACUCUAAGUUCUGUGUUGUCCACAUGUUGAAGGUGCGAAGAGCAUAAAUGGUAGGAGGAGAGACAACCUCAUCUCCCUCCCACCACUCCACCUCCACCCCAUAGAAACAACCACCAUGGAGGACUGGCAAGCUCCCUGCAUAAGGAGACACUUAAAAAACAAAAAUCUGGUAGGUUAUUGCACUUUGGGGGUUUGUUUUAUUUUGGUGUCAAGGUCAAGACCAGGCUGAACGCCUUCAGCAUAGUUGGAGGAGAGUUACUGGGGCAGGCAGGCAAAGGCAGGAGGGACAAAGGGGGAAGAUGGCUGUUUGUCCAAGGACUUCACCCCAAGCCCACCAGGAACAGCUGUGCCAUGGGACUGUGGCUAUCCUGCAGUCCCCCACCUCUACCCGCUCCAUGUGGAGCAAGGUCUAAGUACAAAGUUCAAAGGCACCUCUGGUGUGACAGGGAGAAAAGCCCCCAGGAAAAGCGCUUCUGUGAUCAGAACCGCUUGUUGUAAGCACAAAUCUUUUCAUGCCUGGUUAUUAGAAUCGCUUUGGGACUCAGCCGCUGCUGUUAACCUGCUUCUCCUAGAGAACUUGUUCAUCCACCCAGCCUUGAUCUCUGUCUGCCGGAGAGGGAGGGCGAGGAAUGGGGGGAACCAGCACCAAGAAGCUUAUAGACUGGGAAGUUGGGAGUGGCUCCAGGAGCCUGGAGAGGCUGGGAGCUGGGCACGUGCAGGGCUUUUUGGGUUUUUGUUUUUGUUUUGCUUUGGUAGCACAAUUGCCCGCUGCAAGCCUGAAGUGCAGCUUGGUUGGCUGAGGCUGUGUUGAAGGUCUCAUGCUGCACCCCAAGCAGCACAGGGAGCAAUGGUGGCUUUUAUAAUCCAAUGAUGCGAUGAAUCUACCAGCUUCUGGGCACGCUUUUGGCAGGUGCUUUUUAUUAAUUAAGAAAGAGCAAAGGCUUGGGUUUUUUGGAUAGAUAAUAUAUAUUAAUUAAAUGUAUUAACGUGUGUUUUAUAAAUCUUCCCCCGGCUGACUGGCCUACUUCUCCAAAACAAAAAAUCUCGUUCAAUGUCAAGACAAUCCACCUGUACUCUACAUGACUAUAUGUAAAUGUUGCAGAUUUGAAGAGUUCUAAAGCAUGGGCAGAUAGGUUUUAUUUUCCAGAUGCUGCUCUUAA